AUGCCAAAUGCUUCUGGAGAUUUGUCUCCUUAUAGAUCUCAUGUCAACUCUGCUAUGAAGAAGGAACCACAUCAAACUCCUAUAAAGCAAUCACCCUUAAACAGAAGUCAGAAUGCGGAAAAUGUUGCUCUUAAAAAGGAACCCGUCACACCAGUGAGUUUUACUUGAUGAUCAAUCAGUUUUGCUCGAAUAUCAAGUUUUGUUGCAAAUUGUGAAAUAUAAGAAUAUUUCCUCUACCAAAUUGUUGAGUGGUUCUUUGGAUGCUACAUUUCAUCUCAUUCUUAUCAUGAAGAUGUGGAACUGCUCAGGAGUAUAAUUAGUAAAAAGUCAUGAGAGAUGGUAGAUUUCAGCUCUGUGUUUGACUGUUAAGAAAAAGAAAAAUCCCAAGUACUCCACAAGGAUUAUCUUUUUUGUGAUGCUUAGGUUUCAUUACAAUUUUUACGGUAAGUUGUUAACAAUUUGAUGUCAUUGGGGUUGUAAAUAUUUUUAUUUUUUUUGUUAAAGAUAAAACAAUCGCAGUCUGCAUUAAGUCAAGUAGAAAGUGAUGAUGAUGAUGAUGAUGAUGUACCAUUGGUGAGUUUAUUCUCUUCUGUGUAAGAAGUCAUUUUUCCUUACAAAUAUUGAUGCAAUGUCAAGUAGACAAGUGAGGAGGAGAAAGAAGCAAACUCAGUCAGUGGAUAUGAUUUGAUGUAAAACCAAAUUCUCAAGGAAACAUCACAGGAAAUACAAGAUGAUUUGGUUUUAUCAGCUGAGUUAAUGUUUAUUACACCCAUUUUGAAAUCACUGGUGGUCCCUGUAAUCUGAUUGGCUCUAAUUGGUGCGAUUUAUUCACAAAUCGCACCAUUUUUUGCUUUAAAUUGCACCUUUUUUGCGGCCAAUGAGGAGGUUACACUUAAAACAAAUAACCAAUCAGAUUUCAAGACUUGUUUAAAGUAACCAAUCAAAUUGCAGGAAAAUGAAAGACAGAGCAUCAUGUGGCAAAUUUUGCAACUUUUGUUUCCAAAACUCUUAUUCCCCCCCCCAUGAAUUUAAUUUCAAACCAGCUUAAUACUGCAUCAAUAAAAUAUUUGAACUGACCAAGUCCUGUAAUUGGGCAAUUUCAAAAUGGAUGUAAUAAAGUGGUAAUUGAACCUCAUGUUGUGCAAUUUUGGUCUGAAAUCAUACUUGUGAUUUCAAAUUAGGCAUAUGAUUUCAGCCCAAAUUGCACUCCACUCAGUUCAGUUACCAUUAUAAAUUGGGUACCCUAGAAAAAGUUCUUGAGCCAACAUUUUGACUGUUAGUUUGUAGUCAGAGGGAAUUGCAAUCAGGAGGACCCCUAUAGUUUAGAUCUUUGGAGUACAAGGAAUACUGUAAACUGGGUUCUUUAAAUAUCUAAAGAAACAAACCUUUCAGCAUCUCAGCCAGUGGUUGUUCACUUGCUGAUAUCAUUUAUGAUAAUGUCUUAUUCUCCAUUAGCCUGUAAGACAGAAUUCUUCUGCUGCUGUCUGAAAAUUUUAGAAACCAGUUCUUAUAAGAUUUGAUUUAUCUACAGACUCUCUAGGUACCCUCAUUAUAUAGAUUGCACUUACUGCAAUAGAAUUAAUUAAUAUAAAUUUAAUUAUUAAUCACUUUGAUGAGGUUUAUUUAUGAAGUUAUCAUGUUUCCUUGUUUCUGUCGUUUAGAUUGCAAGAGCCCAGAAAAAGUAAGUUCAUAUAUUUUGUAGUUUUUGUAGAUUUUGUAUUUACAUUAUUUAAACCAUAAUGCAGGUAUAUAUUUUUUAGUUUUUAAUCACCCUCAAAGAAAAAAAGCAAUCAUGCCAUAGUUUUCAUUGCCAUUAAAAGGAAAAACUUUGAAUUAUUAUAUUUAUCCUUACCCAUUUUUUGCAGACCUUCAGCAGCAAAUGCAAAAGGUUCAUCCGCAAAACCUGUGAAAUCUGCUUUAAACAGUGUUGUGGCAGAGAAGAGCAAAGUUGUCAAAACUAAAAAAAGUGAAAAGAUGAAAGAUGGGAAAUCAUUGAAAAAUGAUAAGAAAGUAGACAAAAAAGUGGAUGGGGUGAAAAAGAAUGAUGUGAAGAAAGUAAAGAAAGUAGAUGGUGAAAAAGUUGGAAAGAAACAAGUUGAUAAUGAUUACGAAGAGCCUUUGGUGAGACUCAGAUGUUCACAUGUUAAAAUUUUUGUUUGCACAUUAAACCUCUAAUCUCCUGAGAGUAACUAGCAUCCAAUUUUUCCUUCAAAUGUCACUCCCAAAUCAAAUAUUAAGGUCACAAAGAUAUAGGAAAUGAUCACCAUUGAAAGCAGCUCUUGAAUGUUAAACAAAUUCUCCUUGUCAGCCCCUUAGGAAAUGUAUAGAGAACAGUAUGGAGAAUAAUUUUAUGCAUAUUGAUAUCAGGUUGUAGAGGGUUAGGGGAAGUUACUCUUUAAUUGCAGUUUUGAGCACUGUAGAGGUUUUAUUCAGCUUUUUGCAUGUAGGUUAAGAUGUGUAAUGUAGUCCACCAAAGUAUAGGUAAUAGGCACUUGUAGCAAAUUAGCUUUUUGUUUCCUAUUUCAGUUGUAUGUACACAGAUAUAUACAGUUUAUACAGGUUGUGUAUUUUACCUCAUGGAUACCAUCCUCGGUGGUGAAUUGUUAAUAUUUAUGGUCAUGUAAAUGAUAAGUACAAGAAGAAUCCAUUGCCAGGGUCUGUCAACACUGAUGUAACACUCUUCUGUAUCAUAAUACAAGUUAAUGUUCUUUACAUUGCUAUUCAAAAGAAAAAAAGGAAGCUUUCAUUAGACAUUGUAGCUUAAAAGUUGUGCUCUCUCUGAUUAAAGCACUGUAUCAUGCAGAGUACAGUUUUAAAUUUGAGUUUAGUAAAAAGUGACAAUUUUUUAAUUAUUUUUUCUUCUUUUUUUCUUUUCAUGGUUUCAUUGUGGUUAUCUGAUCCAGCCUGCAAAGUGAGUUGAUGAAAGACUGUUAAGCUGAGUUUACCUUUGUGACCCCCGAAGGCUACUGCUUGAAAAAGCUCUGCUUCUCUCAGUAGAGGUUUUUGAUGCCCCUCUGAAAGUUCCUCCUAUUUAAAAUUGAUUUUUGGCAAUUUGAAGGAAACUAGUGGAAGUGCAAACUAAAGUAACCCUUGUGCCAAAGAUAAGAUCCAAAGACAAACUCAGCCCAUCUGGGUGUGAGAGUAGAACCCACCCCAGUGUAGCGGGCAGCUAGGUCUAUGAUACUAGUACAUUGGUUCUUCUUCCUUGUCUGAAAAACUGUCAAAAAAACUAUAGUUUGGUGAUGAGUUCAUGUGUAAAAACAACCAGUUAACCCUUUAACUCCCAAGACCUGAUUGUUAAUUCUCCCUUCUAGCUCCUAAAAAUUUCCUUGUAACUUAGUUGUGAUAAUUUGGUGUGAGAUCAAGAUCAUAACUUCUACCUGAUAAGUUUAAGUAUCCUCAUAGCCUGUUUGUUAGAUAUUGUAUGGAUAUUAAUGGGAGAAAGUACAUGUUAAUCACUUUUGGGAGUUAAAUGGUUUAAAUCACUUGUAGUGUAUGUUGGUUAUCUUAUUGACUACCAUAUAUGUGGUAAGCUGAUGUCCUGUUGUAAAUAUUCAGUAGCUGUUAAGAGAUAAUUGUCUAAUAAUUCCUAGAUUAAGUACCCCUAAAGACAAGAAACCUGCAAAGUCUUCAGUAUCAUCUGCUACAAAGCCAAAGGACUCUGCCUCUGUAAGUUCUUCUUGGUAAUUCUUUUGUUCAUAGUGUAAUCAAACAUGAUUUUACAGUUCAAUGUAUUUUGGCAUGUUGAGAUGAGGUUGCUCUGCAUGCCAUGUUAGUAUGAUUAGUGUCUGCAGCAAACUGUUUCAUGUGUUUUUUUUCCUAAACCAGUUACCUUAACUCAUGUUUUUGGUCAGAAUUUUGUCCUGACAACAAAGUGUAUAAAUUUAAACCUCUUUGAAUUUGUGUGACUUGUUUGUUUUCCAUCUACAAAAUGGCAAACACUUUGCCAUUUUGUAGAUGGAAAACUGUCACUUCAUUAUAUCCCUGUGACUUUUGUCUUAAUGUCAUGAUCAUAACAUGUGCAAGUUAGUGUAAAUCCGGUUUUUGGAAUUUGAUAUUUCUUGAAUCACAAAAAAUGCUUUUUAGUUCCAUGGCAGGAAAUGGAAAUUUUUCAUUUUGGUUACAGACUCACUUAUUCAUUCUUUUAACAGCGCAAAAGAAAGAUGAGCGCUGGCUCUGGAAGUGACAGUGAAGAUGAAUAUAAACCUUUGGUAUGUGAUGGGUACAAGUUCCCCUUGUUGUUGAAUGAAUUGUAAAUAUUGUAUUUUGAUUUUAAACAGAGAGAUUCUUUAAAAAGGACUUCAUUACUGUAGAACUUCACCAGGAGCCAAAUAUUUUCUCAUUAAGCUCUCCCAUCAUACAACCAAUAUAUAUUAAUUUUUGUUGUUACCUUUUUGUCUGAAAGGCCAAGACUGCUAAGAAAAGUACUCCUAAGUCAGCAAAGAAGGAGGACAAGGGAGGCUCUGUGAAAAAGAAGGUUAAAAAAGAAGCAAAGGGUGUGAAAGAAGAAAAAAAGGUACAAUGAAGCUCUAAAAUGUUUAUCUUUACUCUUCUAUGUUAUUUUACAAGGCACAUGCAGUUUGUUAAAGUGAUAUACCUGCCAGUAUUAACUGAGUCAAAUGUGUAGGAUUUUUGUCUCCUCGUGACUGGAAUUUCCGAAAAUGUUCUGGCAACUUCCAACAAUUUUCCGAAGACUUCUGAAUGCUGGCGAACAUAUCUGAAGUUGUUCUGACAACUUCCCUACACUUUUGAACACUUUCCAAUGGCUCUUGAAUGUAUUGAAGACUCCAACUUCGUUAAGCACCAUUUGUUUGAAAAUUUGCGGUAAAUAUUAAAAUUGAAUGCUAUUUAAGCAUUGUACAAUUUGGAAUUGAAAUUUGGAGAAACCCAACUAAAAGAUACACUUUAACACUCAUGAUCCCAUUGGCAUACAGGGUUUGCAAAAGUAGUCUUUCAUUGAAAUAAAAGCCUAAAUCACCUUUUCUCUCUCCCCCCCCUAGCUUUGAUGCACAGUUGAUCUCUUUUCUUGUUCUUUAGGGAAAGGAAAAGGGAACAAAGAAGAAAGAAGAGGAGAAGGAAGUGUGGAAAUGGUUUGUACCUUGUUAAUGCCAAUCAAUGUCAUAAUUUUUUUUAAAGAAAGUUGAUAAAUCUUUUAAUUGUUUAUCCUUACAGAAUAAAAUAUCUUUCAUGGCUCUUCAAGUUAAAAUUAGUUUUCUGUUUGUUCUAAAGGUGGGAAGAAGAGCAACUUCCUGAUGGUGUCAAGUGGCUUCAUUUGGAACAUAAGGUAGAUUCAUCUUUGUUAGGGUGUGUUUUAUUAAAACAGAAACACAAUGCACACCUCAUAUUUUUUUUUCCAUUACAAGUUUUGUUUAUGUGAACAUUGUUAUCCUGUUUUUCUUCUGUUUCUGAGACACAUCAUGUUCAAUACUAGAAAUACUACUGAUGCAAAUCUAAAUUAAAACACGAUAAUCUUACUUACAAUGCUAUGAUGUCACAUUGGUUGGAUUACAAUGUGAACAUUUAUAUUUAUAGGGAUACACCAGUACAAAUAAGAACUAUUUUAUUUACUGAAGUUGCCUAGGAUAUAUUUCCCUCAUUUCUUUAUAUGUAAACCUCCCUCUAUCUUACUAAAUAAAUGAUUAUGGUCUUCUAGGGUCCUUAUUUCCCACCUCUGUAUGAGCAGCUGCCUUCUGAUAUCAAGUUUUAUUAUGAUGGUGAGCUCUGCUCUUCUGCAAACUGUCAGUCAGUGUAGCUUAGCUUAACUAUGCAGAAUGCAUGUUAUAAGUCAUUUGAAAUGUUACAUUUCUUUUAAAUACAGGAAGAAUACUUUGUAAGUCAUUAUUUAUUGAAUUUUAUUGUCAGGAAAUCACAUGGAACUUAGUUUGGCAGCAGAAGAGGUAUGAGAAAAUAAUUUAAAAUUUUGGUGGACUUUUUACCAAAAAUAUGAAACAACACAGGGGAUUUCUCCAAUGAUUAACAGCAUAGUUUGUCACUGGCUGUAAAAGGUUAUGCUAGACAGUGAGUACCUCAGCUGUCAUCCCAUGGAAAGACAGCUAUAGUGUAUGGUUUUAGUAUUAAGUAAGUGAACAUGUAAAUGGACAAAAUUUUGUUUUAGGGCAGUAUUUUGAUUUGUUUUUCGUAGAAUUCUCUAUUUUGAAAGAUGUAAGGAGUGGUACAGCACAUAAAAUGUGAAUUAACUCUGUACCUUUUUAUUGAUCUGAUUUUCUUUUCAGGUGGCAUCAUAUUAUGCCAAGAUGCUUGACCAUGAUUACACCAGCAAAGAGAUCUUCAACAAGAAUUUUUUUGAAGACUGGAGGAAAGAAAUGACAAAUGAUGAGAGAAAGAUUAUCAAAGAUCUCAAAAAGUGUGACUUCAAAGAAAUGCAUGCAUACUUUGUUCAGGUAAAUGCAGUGAAUAUGUAUUGGACUUCUUCUUUUUUGUAUUUGUUAGAUACCUUUGACUCAAAUUAGGAGUAAGAGUAUUUGAGUUAUAUUUAGUGCUGAUAGUUGAUGCGAGAAUUUGUUUGAUUUAUAAAUUUAAAAAAAAGAUUGCGAGGUCCAUUUUAUUACACCCUGUAAUGAGGAUUUAUAUUCAGGUGUUACAACAAUUGAAGAGUUGGAAAAUUAAUUUGCAUGUAUACAGGGUUGUUGUAGGAAAAUGUAAUCAUUAUAGCUGUAUAAUCUGAACUGAUUAAGCAGCUGAAUUGAGUUAUGCUUGCAUAGCAAGCAUUGCAUGUUACAAAAGAGCAUGCCUUUUUUGGUGGAAUGUGGGGCUCUCAUGAGGGGACGCAAAUCAUCUGCACUGUAAGUACAUAUCAAGCUCCGUGAUUUUAAUUCUUGUGAAAAAUGAUAGCCAUCUUAUUGAAACUUGAUGACAAGUAUAAGCCGGCAAAGAAAACAGUGCAAAAGCAAUUAUCUGUCACAUUGAUGUCAGCAGCAACAGGAUUAUGACACCUUACAGGAAAGCUGCCUGGAGCGUUCAAAAAGUCCCAUACAUUUUCUUAGACUAAAAGUCUAAGAAAAUGUAGGGGACUCUCCGGGAUACUUACAGUACAGAUGAUUUGCGUCCCCUCAUGUCACAGAAAAAGUCGAUUUUCUCUCUGGUAUUCUGGGACGUAAAUGAAUUACUUUUGUUAGCCAUAAAUUGAUGUUAAAAUCAGUUUAGAAAUACUUUUUUUUUUUCGGCCUUGAUCACAUUUUCACCAAUUAGCCGGUGCAGAAUGGUUGUACAGCCAGCAGAUUUCUGCCAUCUACCAGCUUCCAGUGACAACCUUAUGUCUAUCUAUUCAUUUUCAAGAUUACAUGUAGGUUAUAAACUGAGAACUUUUUAGACUCUGGGAAUGCCAAAGGAAUGGUCACACCACAUCAAUUAAGUACAUGUAUGCACAUUUCCUUGUAGAAAAAUGAGGAGAGGAAAAACUGGACAAAGGAACAGAAGCAGGUACUAAAAGAACAAAAUGAGGCCAUUCUGGAUGAAUAUGGUUAUUGUCUCAUGGAUGGACACAGGCAGAGGGUUGGCAACUUCAAGAUUGAACCUCCUGGUUUGUUCCGAGGGCGUGGUGACCAUCCAAAGCAAGGGAAAUUUAAGAAGAGAACUAUGCCUGAGGAUGUGAUCAUAAACAUUGGCAAGUAUGUGUCAAUUGGUAAUGUUGUUGUCUGCAAAAGCAUGUUCUCAAUUAAAAAUAUAUGAAAGAGAAGAUAAGAUAAUUUAUUUGGAAAGAUUGUCAGAUAUUGGGGCUCUCAGGGCUUUCAAAGAUUUCUGAAUAUUUGUAAAAAGUAUGAAAAUUUGGAAGCAGAUUCUUUAGUCCUAGAAGUUUGGAAAAUAAAGAUCUCAAAAAUGGGUAGAAGUCAAGAGGUUUUACUUUCACUGUUGGUUGAAGCAUUGAUAAGCUGGCUGUAGUCUUGAAAGUUAAUUUUAAUUCACUUGAAUCACUUUUGCCAAAAUCUUUUCUUGGCAAAUUGGGGAACUUUCAGUUGUUUGGCCAACCUUAAAAAAAUCUACUGUGGUUAGGCCAUUUGAUGAAAAUUCCAGGAGUUGAGAAAGUUAAACUAGUGAUUUGGUAAAAGUCUGGAAAAAGGUUUCAUUUUUGUGCUCAUAAUCAUGCAAACCCUUGGCUGGUUUCUGUUCCUGCUUCUUGCAGGCACAUAUUUUUUUUUAUUUCUGAUUUUCUUUUACCUACAUUAAAUACUCAAUUAAUUGUAAGAAUUAACUUAACAGAAUUUAAUAGGAACAUUUGUUGUAGAGGAAAGUGUGAGUUUUCCUUUUUUUUAACAGAGGGGCCAAAGUUCCUGAACCACCACAAGGGCACAAAUGGCAAAAAGUUAUUCAUGACAACAAGGUAUGGACUAUUCCUUUUUUCAUUUGCCAAAUUGUUUCAUGAUGAUGUUAGUAAUCUUUAUCAAGGAUACCUUGGUACCAGGAAGUAGAAUGGAAGGAUAAGACAACCACCAAGGUGACAAAUAUACUAAUGAACAAAAGGGGUGAUUUUCUAAUAAAAGAAACUCUGGUGCUGCGUUGGUGGCAAAGCUCUGACAAAGGGCUAAUGCUCAAUAUGUCAGCUUUGGAACUCCUUACGGUGGCCAAUUUACAUUAUCAACUUAGUUGAUAAUACUAAAUUAGCCUGUUAACCAGUAAACUGCAUGCUUAAAAAUGUCAUGCUUAGAAGUGAUUUCUACCUUUUUUCCUGCAGGUUUCAUGGUUGGCUUGCUGGGUUGAAAACAUCCAAGGAAGUUACAAGUAUGUCAUGCUGAAUUCCACAUCAAGGUUAAAGGUACAGUAAGAAUAAAUGUUUUAUUUCAAUAGGUGGUCUGUUCAGUUGUAUAACAACACUAACUGUAAGCUUAAAGUUGAACUCUAUUUUGAUAAAUUUCUAUCUAAGAAACAAUGAGGUGGGCAGGGAAAACAGCAGGUGUCCGAGAAAUUUGGCUAGGAUUGUACAAUAGCUGAAGCAAAUUAAUUCAUUGCUAUGUACUGCAUAGCUAACUUGCUUCCUUUAAUUCUAUUGCAGGGUGAGAAGGACUGGCAAAAGUACGAAACAGCAAGAAAAUUAAAGGUAAUUAGCGUGAUGUAAUAUUUGUAAAUCUUGACUGUAUGAAACUAACACAGGUUCAACCAUUUGACCCCUGAAUCACACGUUAAGGUCACAAGAAUGAAUAACAGUAAGUGAACUUAGUGGAGUAAAAUUUGAAAUCGCAAGUAGGAUUCAGACUAAAAAACAGGACACAAAAUUCAAUUACUACUUUAUUACAUCCAUUUAAAAUCACAAAAUUCAGUUGCUCAGUACAAGUUAUUUUUAGUUGGAACAAAUAUUAAUUUAUCCUGUAUAUACAUUGAGCUGCAUUAUGAAAAGUUGCAAAAGUUGUCUUUCAUUUUAUUGCAAUUUGAUUGAUUUCUUUAAGCUGGCAUUGAAAUUUGAUUGGUUGUUGUGUUUAAUAAAGCUGUCUCAUUGGCUGGGAGAAAGAUGCAGUUUGAAGUGUAGAAUAGUGCAAUCUGUGAAGAAAUCAAACCAGUAAGAGCCAGUCAGGUUUUUAAGGAUCACAAGUGAUUUCAAAAUGGAAGUAAUAAAGCAAAUAAUCACCAUCUAAAGAAGCUCUUGAUUGUUAAACAAAUUCUCCCCUGAUAAGCUCCUUGCAAAGGUAUAGAGAACAGUGUGGAGAAUAUGCAUACUGAUGUUAGGGUGUAAUGUGUUGAUGUGUAUUUAUUUGUUUAUGCAGGACUGUGUCGAAAAAAUCAGAGAAGACUAUCAACGGGAUUGGAAGGCCAAAGAAAUGAGACUACGACAAAGGUUUGUUUAUGAAGAGUUUACCACCGUCCUGGCCUUGGUACUGCUGAUCAGCUCAGAAAGGAACGGGCCAUGUUGCUUUGUUUAUAUGAAUGGUUUUCAAUAAACCUAACCUGGUCCCAUACUAGAGCAUGUUAAUUGACAUAAUUUUCCUCUAAGUGUGUAUUGUAGCUUGUCCAUCAAUAAUCUGUCCUUUUUUUUUCCACAGAGGUGUUGCUCUUUACUUUAUUGACAAGGUAAAGCUUUGAAACUUCUUUUUCAAAUAAUGGUUUACUCGAUAAUCUUUCUCCCCAUUUGUUCCACUCAAAGUUGGCAGAAGCUAUCUUAUUUGUACCUGUCAACUCUUUUUAUUGUCCUCUCCUUUGUCAAGCAAGUAUGGUCAAAACAUGUGACAAACUUAGCAUUCCGUGCCAUAUUUUAUUAGGCUUUGCAGGUUAAUUGCCCACUUAUCUACUUUGGGUACCUUUUUGAUGUACUCAUGAGGUGGCUAAGGCUAUUCUAGAUUUUUACAGAGCAAAUGGUCCUCAAGAACUGAUUGUAAUCUGUGUAACUUUUUUCAGUUGGCUCUUCGUGCUGGUCAUGAAAAAGAUGAAGAAACUGCUGAUACUGUUGGCUGUUGCUCACUGAGAUUUGAACAUAUUAGUAAGUAUUUCAUACUGAUCAAGGCUCUAUUGUUUUUUUAUUCUCUUCUUGAACAAUGAGAGUUUUCAAAGAUCUGUCCAUCAUGUAUAUGUUGAAGUAUGCAGCAGUUGCUCUCUAGAAAACAAUAAUUGAUGUAUAUGAUGUAAAGGUACUCUAAAUAUAUCAACAGAUCACUUUUCUCAUUGGUUUUGUGGCAUUAUAACCCACAUAAGAUAUUGGGAGAACACAAGAAAAGCUUGUCCAAAUGUUGUUUUUGAGUGUUUGUUUGUUUCUUUGUUUUUUUUUUUUUUUACCACUUUCCAGCAUAAUAUAUUUUCCCUUUUCAAAAUGAUUUCUACUUAAGAUUGUCACAUUUGAUUUUUGUUGGUUGGCUGUUCAGAUGCUGUUUUCCAGUACAAAACCUUCAAAUGUGUCUUCCAUCAUUUGGAAAUUGUGUGGUUGUGGCAUGAAUAUAAAGUUGCAUGGUUUUAAAACAUCAAAAGUUUUUGUAUUGUGUUUUACUGUUUACAGAUUUAUUGUUUACAUGACCCAGACAAAAUGAUUAAUGUAGUUGUUUUGUCUUCAGUGGGCUGUUUUCACCCUUUUGCUGUUAUAAUCUGCCUACACAAAAUUGCCAUCUGACAUUUGAUAGUAUUGUCUUUGCUUAAAGGCACCAUAUUUUCAUAUUUGAACCCAGGAUUAAAAUUUUCCACUUUAUUGUUUCAUUAAGUAGCCUCAUAAUAUGCUUUUUAUCCUUCUAGAAUUGCAUGAUGAGUGGGAAGACAAGGAGAAUGUCGUAGAGUUUGAUUUCCUUGGUAAAGACUCUGUUCGAUACUGGAACUUUGUGCCAGUGGAAAAGAAGGUAGCUAUUGAUCAACUGUCACCUAGCGACUGGACUCUUAGUUAAGGGGACACCCUUGGAACCAGACAGAGUGUCCCCCUUGACAGAGUAGUCCCUUUAGUGAAGGUAACAGGUACAAUGAACAUAGGCACUUAUCAGUUGGGGGCCCAUGUUUGUGAUCUUUGAGAGGAAGAGUCCACUGUACUGCUGUGUUCAGUAAUAUGCAUGGUUUUCAUGGUCUCUUUUUCACCUCUGUAAUAUUUCUAAAGUAAAACACAGAGGAAACUUAAAGGUAAAGAACUAAGGAGGCAAGAACAGACCAAAAAGGACCAAUUUUGUUUACUUAACCAUUUAACUCCAAGAUCUGAUUGUUAAUUCUUCCCUCUAGCCGCUGCACAAUUUCCUUGUAAAUUAGUAAGGAGUCAUAUCAUGAUAACCAUUUUAACCAGAUAAAUCUGAGUAUCUCCUUACCUGUUUGCUGCUUGAUUUAUGGAUAUCAUAGAUCAUAGUGAUAAGUUGCCAGUACAUGUUAAUUAUCAUUUCUGGAGCAGGUCAAAGGGCUAAGGAUGGAAAAGGUGUAAUGGCAAAUAACAAAGUUGAAAAUAUUUACAAUAUUUUUUUUCAAGAUUCACUCUGCAAACUGCCUCUUUGUCCAUUUUGUAACAACUUUUAUUUCUAUUCCUUUUCCCAUUACAGGUUUUCAAGAAUCUUGCCAUUUUUAUGAAAGGAAAACAGAAUGGUGAUGAUCUAUUUGACAGAUUAUCUGUGAGUGUAUUUUCCCUUCUUUUUUAAAGUGACGUGGUAAUAUUUCUGCACCAGGUUUUGCAAAUGAGAGCAAUUUUAUUGAUUAUAUGGCAAGCUGGUCCUGAGGUAGAUUAAAUCAAUUUGAUUGGUUGUUACUUGCUAGUCAGGAUUUUGCCCCAUGGACUGCUUUGACAAAGACUGUCAUGAUGAUUAUAUGCUGUGAAUUUUCUUUUGCAAAAGCUGGCAAAUUCUAGACAAACAAAUUUGGCCUGAGUGCCAUAUAAUAAACUACUCACUAAUCUCGCAGUGCUCAGUCUGUACUGCCACGUUACUUGGGCCAAUAUUCCCCAGUGCAACCCUUGCACUUGGUUAGUAACGAGUUAGUAAUAGUAAUUACCUAAAAACAAUUUGCUGUAAAGCGUCCAGAAACAAAAUAAAUGUUGAAAUUUUUCAUUUUCUAGACAACUUCUUUGAACAAGUACUUGUCAGAGCUGAUGGAUGGACUUACAGCAAAGGUAUUCAGAACAUUUAAUGCCUCCAUGACACUCCAAGAUCAACUGAACAAGUUAACAGAAGCUGAGGACAAUGUCAAUGCAAAAGUGUUGACAUACAACAGAGCAAACCGUGCUGUGGCCAUCCUAUGUAACCAUCAGGUAAUGUCCACUCUGAUAACAUUUUGCUGUGCAUUUGCUUGGUGUUAUGUUAUAAGCCGAACUAUACACACAUUUUGAUUGGUUCUUACUUGUGAUCUGUUGAAGGAUAGACACAGAUGACAUCACCAUUGAUAACACAGAUGCAUUUUUAUUAAAUAAAGCAAGCAUAUUCCAUGUGGCCGGGCAUUAUGAAGUGUUUUAUUGUAUUUUAUUGCAUGUGCACUCAGUUAGACUAAACCAGUAUUACAGGUGUAGAUGUAAUCAUAUGAAAAGGCUUAAGUUCAUACAUGUAGCUCACUAUUUUUUUUUAUCUGUUUUAGCGCACAGUCCCCAAGACCUUUGAAAAAUCAAUGUCCAAUCUACAAGAGAAGGUGUGAACUUGUGACUUUCUUCCCAAGAGUUAUUUAUCUACAAGUAGGUAUUCAUGCAUUUACAUAUUCCAUUUACUGAUUUUGUUGAUUUUGCUGUUCUGUUUUAGAUUGCUACAAAGAAAAAAGCAAUCAAGGAUGCAAAAAAAGAACUCAAGGUUUUGAAAAAUCAAGCUAAAGAAAGCAAAGAUGCAAAAGUGAUGAAGUAUGUUAACUAGGGAAAUUAAUUUUUCUACUAAUGGUUAUACAAUAUUUCAUCUUUACUGAGGAAGUUUACAUCACAAGAGCUCCUUUGGAGUAAUCUUCCAAAAUUAUUCCUCAACUCUUUAAUCUAGAGUUGGUCAAAAAUUAUAUUUUUCUUCCAUGCAAAGGAAGUUUGGAUCAAGUCAUUUAAAUGUCUUGCUUGUAAAAAUUUUACAAGUAGGAAUGACCUAAGCUAAUGAUCCUUCUUGGAGAGACUAUAGACUACUUAUGAUUAUCUUUGAUGAAUUUUUUUCUUUUGUUUGUAGGCAACUAGAGAAGAAAAAAACUCAGGUUCAAAGAUUUGAGGAUCAGCUGUUUAAAUUAGAGGUGACUGCAACAGACAAAGAAGAAAAUAAAGAGAUUGCACUUGGUACCUCAAAACUAAAUUAUUUGGACCCACGAAUUUCAGUGGCAUGGUAGGUGAAAGCUCUAUAUCCACUACCAAAGAUAAUAAGGGGCUUGUAGAGGUGGCCUUGCCUAAACAGUUGAUUUGCACUGAAGUUUGCUGUAUUUCCUGGUGUGAAAUACACAAUGGCAGACAGAAGUGUGACUACUGAGUUUUUGUACACCUUGUUGUUAAUAUUUUCUUGCUUUUUUUGCAUUUUAAGGUGCAAGAAACAUGAGGUGCCAGUAGAGAAAGUUUACAACAAGACCCAACGUGAGAAGUUUGCUUGGGCCCUCGACAUGGCGGAAAAAGACUUUGUUUUUUGAUCCAGGCUUGUCAGUGAACACAGCUGGCAUAGUAAUCAUUCAAUUUUAGCCCACACAUGCUUACAUUUGUCACGGUACUCAUUACAAUUUAAUUUGAUUAUAUUAUUAUUGUUACUAUACAUACAAUAUUCUGGAAAUGAUUUUUGAGAUUUUAGCGGUGGAUGAGAGAAAUACAAGAAAAAUGCAUCAAAUGGGAACAGAAACUUAAAGUCUGGGACAAUAUCUAAGUUCCAUUUGUAUAUUAGUAUUAGUUAAUUAAUUAACAAUUAUUUAUUUUUAAAGGAAAUUCUAUUUUACAGUAGGAAACACUAGAAUGUGUUUUUGAAUGUCCUGCAGUGAUGAAGUUUUGCAGUCAUUAAAAAUGCUAUUCCAGGGCUGUCGUUUUUCCUAAAAAUGUGUGUAAUUUUCGAAAUAACAACAGAAAUACAACUGCAUCUUUUUCUCAAAGCUUAAAUCCAAUGAAAGUUAUCUCUGCUUUGAAAGUUAGGUUCUAUAACCUUGUUACCAGAGCCUUGCUCUUGGAAAGGGAGAGAAGUUUGGGAAUAAGCCAGGGUAGUACUUUUGCCCUUUUCAUUGGUUGCAUGAAGAGCUUAGAGAACUUGCCAAUCAGUGGACAUGUUCCAUGUUUCUUUGUGGGUGCAGAAUGUGUAGGGAAGUUUUGAUUUGACUCUCAAGCCUUUGUGAAAAAUAUGACUGCAAUUUGGGUCAUCUGAUCAGUUCCUGGUUUGUGAUACAAUCAUUUUAAAACCUUGGAAUGCCUCUUUUUCAUACCAAUUACUUUUUCUCUCUUGUAAGUAGUUUUCACUUUGGCAUUUUCAACUUGGGUAGAUAGAGAAUGCCAAUCUGUAGGAACAUUCAAGACUGUAACAUUCAUAAUUACAUAUUAUGGGAUCAAAACAAAUUUUUUGUCUUGAGAUCUCAAUGAAAAUGUCACAAUUAACUUCUCAAUUUGUCACGCUUUUACCUGUAUUAAGAAGCUUUUUGGAACUUUAUUGGUCAAGUAUUCCACAUACAAUUUUUUUGAGAUUUAAAUAAUACUUAGAGACAAGUAAUCUGAUGAAAAUAUUAAGUUAUUGAAUAGUGGAAGUUGCACAGAUCUCAUAGAGAAAUGAAGUUAAUGUACCUAGUCUACUCGUUUCUGGCACUUCAUCUGCAACAUAUUCCAAGUGCAUUUUUUGGUUCAGUGCUGGUGUUAAACAUCUUGACAUAUUUUGCACCUUGGAUUUGUAGCACAAAGUGUUGAAAAAUAGUUUAAUCGCUUUUAAUUCAUUGUAAUUAUCUUGGCAACCUUCACAACAUGCAAUUAUGAUAUCGGUAGGAUAAUUUCUAGCCCAUACAACUUAAGACUUCUCCCAUAUCCUGUUAAUCCUGAAAUACUAUUUUAGCACAUUUGAUGUUCAGAUUAUAAUUGCACUGUUAUAUUCUCUUGGCAAGACAAGGACCAGAGAAAAUGUUGUACUUAGAUUUUGCCUUAGUGUGAAAUGAUUUUUAGGUAGACAGCCAAAAGCUUCCAUUAGAUUCAAGUUUAAGCCUUUUAGAAUUUUAGAUCUUAACCAUUGAGAAAAUCCUGCCUACUGAAGCAGUGCCUGGCACUGUGGGAUACAUGAAGGCUUCAAAAUAAAGAUUUUAGCCUGUUCUUUCAUGUAUUAUGUGUGCUAUGAAAUAGUAAUUAUUGGAUGUGUUUUUCAGAUAUUUGGCUACUAUAUUACAUACCAGCCAACAGCUCUACAAAAAACUUUACUGUGUGGGAUGUAGAGUUUUAAGUGCUUCAUAUGACUUUAUGAGUAAACAAGUUGUUAAGAAGCAGACAAUUUUCAAUUUCCAUAAUUAUUCAUUUAUUUUGCACACACUCCACCAAAAGCUAAUAUAUUUCCAGUGGUACACACUACUUUUCAUUGGCCUCAUGCAACAGACCAUGAAUGUUCACAUAUUAACUGGUUGGAUAGCAGAACAAUUGAAGAAACUGCAAAGCAAAAAGAGAAAGCAACAGGUCAGUUUCUUUUUGAAAAUGGAAAAUAAUACAUAAUAGGAGAAAACACCAAUUGUAGCUGUGGGAGUUAGAUAUAUUUUGUUUCCUUUUCCAAGAGAAACAUAAAUUUACAGAGAAUUUCAACCAACUCAACUGAUGUGAAGAAGAACUUUAAUAAACAUGGGUAACACUUGACAAUACAAAAUAACUCAUGAGCAAUUAUGGCCCUAUUGACUAAGUUCUCUGAACACAAUUAACAAAUC